AUGGAUCUGAUAUCUGAAUUACCAGACCCCAUUUUGCAGCACAUUCUUUCGUUUCUUCCCAUCAAGCAAAUAGUUCAAACAAUUAUCUUAUCCAAAAGAUGGAGCCAUCUUUGGCUCACUUUCCCGUCUUUAGAAUUCGACACAAACUUCUUUCGGCUCAAACUCGACUUAUCCAAAACCGAACAAUCAGCUGAGAAAAAGAGACUUCAGCUCAUCGACUUCGUGGAACAAACUCUCAGGCAGCUGAAAUGGCUGAGGAAGUUUAAGCUUCGCGUUGAUUUCCCAUGGCCAAGCUCGGCAACCGUCGUCGACCGGUGGGUUGGCUACGUGCUCGAGAACGGUGUCCGAGAGCUCGAGAUUUUUGUCACUGUGGAAAAUGGAAAAAGGUACAACUUGCCUCAGAGUGUUCUUGCAAGCCAGUCAUUGACAGUUUUGACCGUUGGUGUUUGCAAAUUGUGUCCUCCUUUGGAUGGCUUCAGGCUGUUGGGUAUGAAAAGGGUAACCCUUUUGGGAGUUUUUGUUGAAGAUGAGAUCGUAAAAAGAUUAGUAUCGAAUUGUCGUUUCGUCGAGCAUAUCGAGCUCGAUUCUUGCCUCGGAUUGAGAAGUGUUUGGCUAUGUGAUACUCAUGAACUCAUGACUAUGAAGGUUCAUAACAAUAGUGGGCUGUGUGAGCUUGGGAUCAAAGCCAUGAAUCUUCAAGUUUUUGAGUUUAGAGGGCAAUUUCAGCCUUGUUGCAUUGAUAUCAGCUCUUGCAAGAAUCUAAAAACUUUGAUACUCACCAUGGUGGCUAUAACAGAUGAUUGGUUCCAUGAUUGUAUCACUGAAUUUCCCAUGCUUGAGAUGUUAGCCUUGUCUUAUUGCCACAUGUUGGAGAGCUUGAGAAUCUCAAGCUCCCAUUUGAAGAAAUUCAUCUUGUGUGGAUGUGAAUCCGUGAGGAGGCUUGACAUCGAUGCUCCUUGUUUAUUGGAGCUCGAGUAUUCCGGAGAUUUGAUAUCUUUCUCUUUGAACACUCCUGCUCUCUUACGAGCCGAUGUCCAUCUCUCCCCCACGGAUUUUUGAUAAUUCGUGGUUUGUUAAACAGAUUGAAUUUCUAGCACAUUUCAAUCAUCUCGAAGUCUUGACGUUGCGAAGUAGAACGGGAAAGACUGUGGUUAUUCCAGAGGAGGUGAGGGAGACAUUUGCUUCCCCUUUGUAUGGUGUGAAGCAUUUGAAAGUUAAGAUAAUAAAGCCUUUGUUUAGUCCUUCUCUACAAGAUCUUGUGAAGGGUUUGCUUUGGAUUGCUCCUCAACCUGAGACCAUCCCAAUUGAGUCUGGUUUUGGUAAGAAGAUCUUAAAGUUUGGGUAUGAAAAGGGAACGGAUGAAGCAGUUCAUCAUUGCUGCUGUGCCUCUCUUCCCAUAACAUGUUGGAGACAUUGCUUAAAAGAGUUGAAAUUUGAGAAUAUUAGAGAGGAUGAAGAAAAAUAUGAUUUACACAACUUUUUCCAUCAAAAUGCACACAUCUUGCAUUUCAAUAUCUUUGAUCA